CUUUUGACUUUCUACUUCCACUGUUCUCCAAUGACCGAGAUAUUACCCCUACAGGUCUGAGCAAUUAUAGUUCAUCAGCGCCAUAUUAUGAAAACGGGAAUAUCUCAAUAUCCGUGGCCGAGCUCCCAGGCUAUACGGCACCUACCUACGUACACGGAAUGGAAUUAGAAACCAUAUGACGGCCAGGAGAGUCGUGAUAUGUAUUCAAUUGGUAGUUAAGCGAGCUGUGUCACCCAACACGGACAAAAGCUCUUUAGCAGGCGUUAAGACUCGAAAAGGUUUGUAUUCAUCGUGUAUACCUUCCCCAUUCGAACCUUGAAGGACUAGGAUGGCUCAACUUGAUCCCUUCUCUGACAACCGUCAAAUCGUGGCAAGCUAAGCCGCUCGCUCGAGUGUGUGAGGCGCAAGGACCUUCGUCGCACCAUGCUGAGCAAACAUGAUGAGCUACGCGAUCAUGUUCUUGAUGUCUCUGUUUCCAUCUCUGGCUUCUCCACGGACAGUUCUCUUCUGACGAGCUCGAUUUUGGGAAGCAACCAGCCCGGGCAGGUACACCGGUCUACCGGGACAGCGACUUCAACUACCACAACCCCCUUUCUCACAACCAAGUCUAGCGGUGGGAACCCAGAUAGCACGGCAGAAACAGAUGGUGGCUCCACAGGCGAAGUUCGGAGUCAUGGCGCUUCCUAUAGUUCGGAAAAAUCCACCAUCUAUGCAACGACAAGCAUUUCGAGAGGUGCUCCCAGCACUACUCAGAAAAAAGGGCAUGGCGGUUCUUCGUCGCCCACCAGCAGCGGCAGCUUGUCGACGGAUAGCUUGAGGGUACCAUCGUCAAGCCCCGGUACCAUAUUCCACCCUUCCCUCGCGACCACCUCUGAUACCUUCUCCGAGCCAGUCUCCUACUAUUCUGCACCUGGCAGUAACUCUAUCGUAGCCACGACUACCGACAGUGUUGUCCAUGUCAUUCCCACAACAACAAUGAUAUCCCAUAUGCUUUCAAGUUCGACCUUUAAUCAACCCCAAGGGCAGAACACAGGAGGUUCUCCCACAUCGGGAUCGUUCGACAAUCCCGCGGCCACAAAUGAUGGCUUCCUUCCGAGCUCAUAUGAUCUUAGUCAACACGGGGGGAUUUCCUCCGGUGCAGUUGCUGCGGUAGCAGUAAUUGGUGCAUUCAUCCUAGCAGCUCUCCUUCUAUUAGUCGUUCGACGAUAUCUCUGGGUGAAACGGCAGUGGCGGCUUGCCCACAUACGUCGCACGGGGUGGAGUACUACUUUUAAUUCAGGAGGUAGAGCUGACAACGUUUCCUCUGCUGUCACCUCCUAUGCAAUCAGGACGCCUCUGUCUUUUGCGGACCCUGUUAUGCCCCCUCCUAUGGCAGAAAUUCGUGAUGACCACGGGCUGCCGACGCGCAACCCUGGCAAACCAAGAUACUCCAUGCACCCUCCACGACCUCUUCGCAUCGAGGUUUCCCCCUAUUCUGACACUCGCAGCACUCACGCAGAUACCAUUCCAAACAACUUAAACUCAUCUUACCUCGUGAUACCUGAUGGGCUCACCCAAUUACAACCGGAAAUCGCGACACCCAUGUCUGUUCGUCCUUUCACUCCUUCGGAAUCCUUCUCGUUCCCCAAGCCACCUUCAAAUGGAGCGUGGAUUCCAGCUAUGGACAGAGAUAGUCACGGCACGGCCCUCAGCUCGAGCACGGAGAUGUACCCUCCAAGUUCCACGAAUCCAUCCUCUGAACCUGAGUUUCCCAUAAUUCCCCAACACUGCCCAGUAGAAACGAUCUGCCGCACAUUCGAGCCCACUCUGUAUGAUGAACUGACUGUGGCCAUUGGAGAUCGCGUCAAGGUCUUAGAAGUCUUUGACGAUGGCUGGGCUAUGGUGGAGAAGAUUCCCGAGGGAAAUGGCAAAGGGAAUGAGGUGGGCCUGGAGCCUGGGUUGAUUCCGAUUGAUUGCCUAAGGAUGACGGGCGAUCCUCUCCCACCCUUCUUGACCUCGAAGAGGGUCACCAGUCAGACCUCUCUGGACGUUGCCAUCUGAAAGUGCCGGUUAUUUUUUCCCCCCAUUUUCGGGUUCCAUGUUAUCACGCUCUCUGAUAUGAUUGCACUUAUUCCUUUUUAUAUGAUAAUUAUGAAUACGCUUAUACAGUUAUACUUGCAUACACUGAGUUUCACGGACUUUCUUCAGCACUUUCCUAUUCACUCAGUUUGUAUUUACGCAAACAAAAUACCACUUCCGACUUAGG